AUAUUUUUGUUGUUCAUCUGAAACCGAUUCAAUAUUUUUUUUUUUUUUUUGGAAAACCAAAUGGCCUCACUGCUCACGAAACCAACAGUGACAAGAGGAAGGGAUGAAGUUUAUGUUGCAGCAGUGCCUCUAAGAGCAACAAAAGGACCCGCCCAGCUGCUUACAUCUGCUGCUUACUCUCUCAAUCUCUGGAAUUUGCAGCAUUUCAUGGUUAUCAUUAAACCCUCCCCACCACCACCUGAUUGUCAGGCCAUAGUUUUCGAUUUUCAACCUAAAGAUCCUGAAAACAUAUAUGCAGCCCUUGCAGUUCUAUCCGGAAAAGCAAUACCAGGAGUUGUUCUUAUGAGGAAGUCGUCGAAACUGCCGAGAAGAAAAUGCUGGUACGUUGGUUCUCCCAAAGGAUCAGGUGCCAUAGAUAUGGCACUUGAAUUCAACAAACUGUGGGAAACUAAGCUGAGAGUUGGCCAUCAUGAUUGUCGGAAUUAUACCAAUGGCUUGGUCCAGUAUCUGACCGAUGAAGAACAUAUCUUGGAGCGUUUAGAAGGAAAACGGAGAUAUUGAAUGGGUGAUGCGCGCAUUAUGGUGGCUAGCAAGGCCCAAACUCACUUCCAAUUCGGGACUCUAUUGAUGUUGCGUAAUCCCAAGAAGGAAAUCAUUCACUACUUAUCUAUCAAAAGUUUUGGCCGUUUUCAAGUGCAACUUUGCUCCCAUAUGCUUCCAUAUCGUCACCUCUUACACACUCUUUUUUGGAAUUAUUAUUACACUGGUGAAGCCUGAAUAUGGUCACCAAGGAAUAAAAAGAAUUGUUAUUUGGUCA